GUAAUUAAUGUUUUCUUAAAACCUUUGUUCAUUUUCAUAAUUAAUGUUACUCAGCAGUUAAUGCUUGAUUGAAUUAUUUCAUUAUUUCUCGUUGAAUAAUCCUAUAUAGGGAUCACUAUAUUGUUCUUGUUUAAAAUAAUGUUGAAAAGCUUUUAUUAUUAAAACAUGGUUUGGAGUUUUGUUGUCUGUUAUUAGCUACACCUGUCACAAAAGAUUUGGGGAUUCUAAUUCCAAGUACAAUUGUUUCUACACCUGUUUCUUUGGGUUUUCUAAAUUUUCUCUGCAGUGAUGAUUGGGGUUACAAUAAAGAAUUAAAAGUGAAACAAUGUUGUAGAGUUUGAAAUUGCAUUUCUUCUUGAAGAAUAUCUUUGAAUAUCAAAAGUUGAACUCUGCUUAAGUGCUGAUUAACUAAUUUCAUGAAACUGAUAUUGAGCUUGCAUUGGUGGUUAUUUUGGAUUCUUGACAUUUUCAUCUUUGUUCCAUGCAUACUGAUUGCUAGGUGCACGCAAGCAUGUUAAGUUGCAGCAUGGCAAAGACAAUAUUGAAGAUCUCUAGUAUGUGAUUUUGGCUUAUCAUGAAUGAAGCACAGUACAUUUCUUUCUUCCAGAUCAACUGCAGGAACAGCCGAGUGGAUGGUGCCUGAAGUGUUAAGAAAUGAACCUUCAAAUGAAAAGUGCGAUGUUUAUAGCUUUGGAGUCAUAUUAUGGGAGCUCUCUACUUUGCAACAGCCCUGGGGUGGAAUGAAUCCGAUGCAAGUUGUGGGUGCUGUCGGUUUCCAGCAUUGUCGCCUUGUCAUUCCAGAUGAUAUGGACCCUGCUAUCAUGGAGACAUGGAUAUUAUCAAGCAAUCCUGGAAGACCGCUGAAGCCGAUCAUUGGUUCUCAAUCUCAAGUGCCGAUACCGGGUAGGCAUGAGAAGGCUCAGUCAUCAAGAGUUGGUGAGCAGGAUAGGAAACAAUUAUACAGCUAACCAUAUCUUUGUUCAUUUUUGCUGAUAAAGAAAAUUAUGGGAAGACAAAUCUUUGUUCAUUUUUGCUGAUAAAGAAAAUGAUGGGAAGACAAGUUGAGUAUUUUUGCUCAUUCAGUCCUGUGAUUCUUUUCAGUCUUGUCCCUUUCCUUUUUUUUUUUUAAUUUCUUUCUUCCCAUUUACUUUUAAAAUGUUUUUUGCAAUCUGCAGUGGAGUCAUUAUCAGUUGGUACCAUUUGUUUGUGUACACAAUUCUUUUUGUAAUUUUGCUAUAAUCAAUUCUAAAUUUUGAUGUGCAUAAAUUAUGAGAUGUUGCAGUUGUAGCUUGAAUGGAAGAAAAAUUGAUGGUGCGUGGAAAUGGUGCUGUAAAUGCAAAUUGGAUAAGCUUUUUAUUCUUUUUCUCUUUUU